AUGCCCUCUGCCCUAACCCUGGAUGUCCAGGCACUCGUGGACCCGCUAGUUCUUGAGCUUAAGCGGAAGCAGCACACCGGCGACAAGGACGUGGCCCUCAAAGUGGCUCACGUCCUCAUGAGAGUGAUCUCGGCGGCCCGGUGGACGGAUCCGCACGACCUCAUUGCCCUCAUUAGGAAGGUGGGGCUCGACUUGCACCACGCCAGUCCGCGGGAGUUCAUUCCCGGAAACGUGGUUAGGCGUGUGUUGGCCAUUAUCCGCGACGAGAUCGAGACCGCCGACCCGCUGGCGCAGGAUAACACGCCCAUGAUCAGCCUGAUGUUCAGCCUCUUGUCCACUGCGCACAGUGUGCAGGACACACAGCACCCCCAGCACAAGCUACUGAAGAAGCAGCUGAGCGACAUGCGCUCCAUUGUCAUCCAGGGCAUCCGGGAUUUGAUCGACGAGAUCUCCAACGUCAAGGAAGAACUUGAAAACAUGGCUGCUGAUCUCAUUCACGAAAACGAGCUUUUGUUGACUGCAACCCCAGGCUCUGACACCGUGUUGCAGUUUCUCAUCAAGGCGCGCGCCAAGCGGAAUUUCACCGUGCUUGUCACGGAAAGCUUCCCGAACGAUACCGAGGAUGCCCACAGGUUCGUGAAAGCGCUUGCGGAAAACAAGAUCCAGACCGUCUUGAUUCCCGAUAGCACAGUGUUUGCGGUGAUGCCGCGUGUAGGUAAAGUCAUUUUGGGUGCAAACACCGUUUUCGCCAACGGUGGAUGCAUGCUGAACUCGGGGGUGGCCAAUGUGGUGGAGUGUGCCAAGGAGCACAAGACGCCUGUUUUUGGUGUGGCGGGGCUUUACAAGUUGUCGCCCCUUUACCCGUUCAACCGGGAGGACUUAAUCGAGGUGGGCAACUCGGGCAAGGUGUUGAGCUACAGCAACUCGAAGCUCAUGGAGAACGUUGACGUGGUGACGAACCCGUUGGGCGACUACGUGCCCCCGGAACACAUCGAUAUUUACAUCACCAAUGUCGGCGGGUUUGCGCCCUCCUUCAUAUAUCGAAUUGUGCUCGAUAAUUACAAGCCCGAGGACACCAGCUUGGAGUAG